ACCAGGGGAAAGAUGAUCACUGAGACGGAGAAGUUCUCGGGGGUGGUGUCUCCCCAGUCCCAGGACAGCCCCUCCCUUGGCUCCAGACCUACAGAGCCAGAGCCGGAUCCAGCCCAGGAGGAGCAUGACAACAUGAAGAACAUGCUCAACACCUCCAGCGGUACCGACCACCAGGGGAACCUGCGCCGCAACCGGGGCUACCGCAGUCUAGGCCCAGUUAGUCCAUCCCAGAUGUCUGUAGCCAAAGAGGACAGUGCUAGCUCCCAGGAUGAUGCUACGGAUGAGAUCAUGGAUCGGCUAGUCAAGUCUGUUACCAGGAGCCCCUCAGAGAGGCCGUCCAGCCCCAAGACACGCAAACGCUCCCGUCUCAACAGGAAGUCGUGUGAGUACUACAACAUGGAGAGGAGGGGCCUUUAAGUAGACCAGAGCCAGUUGUUCAACUAAACUAAACUCUCUCUGUAUCAAACGCCUCCCGCCUCAACAGGAAGUCGUGUGAGUACUAAAACAUGGAGAGGAGGGGCCUUUAAGUAGACCAGAGCCAGUUGUUCAACUAAACUAAACUCUCUAUGUAUCAAACACCUCCCGCCUCAACAGGAAGUUGUGUGAGUACUACAACAUGGAGAGGAGGGGCCUUUAAGUAGACCAGAGCCAGUUGUUCAACUAAACUAAACUCUCUCUGUUUCUUCACCUGUUAUUUCCCAAGUGAUCCGCGCUGAG